AUGAAAUGUCUUGAGGAAUACAUACUACAAAACCUCGUUACACCUACACUCAGCAGUGAGCAGGUAUUUACUGAUAUUGCCAGACAAUUGUCGAGGGCAAAUGAUUAUUUUAAGGCUGCCAUCUCGAAAAUAUUUGUUGUUGCCAGCUCACAUCCUCGAUAUCUUCCCUCGGUGAAAUCCACGGAACAUUCAUCUGUUGUAGAUGAGUGCAUCAGGUUUUUGAGAAGCUGUGACAGCAGUAGUAAUGUGCUGACGUACGGAUACAAAGUGGCUAAGAAUGCGGAUGUCUUGUCGACUAUCCAUUGUGAAUCGACUAAUCUUAAUGUUUCGAAAUUGAAGUGCGGCAUAUGGUGUUCACUACACAAAAUACUUGGCACGGCCAAUUUUGUGAAUCUACUUGUUAAUUCGACAAUUUUUGAGCUCAGAGACGGACACUUUCAUCAGAUAGUAGGCCGUGUUCAUGAGCACCCGACAAGAGGUGCGCUAGAAUAUCAAGCGACAGUAGGAAACUUUUCCUUUUUAUACAGAAACAGAGGAGAUUGCAAGAUUGCGGAAAUUUUACCACAUUCCCCUCAGCUUCUCUGGCUUCAAAUUUUUGAAGAAUCGAGACAAUCUGUGGAACUGGGAGAACACCUUGUUGCACCUCGCGGCAUUGGCCUUCUAAAGAUUUUAUGCCAAGUUAUCAAGAACCAUCGAAAAUUGAAGUAUCUAUGUGUGCUCCAAGCAAUUUGUCCGCGUAAAAACAAAAAGACGUGCACAUCCAACGCGGACUUCAAAUCUGACGUCAAAAAUGUUAAUAAGUUUCUGACAGUCAUACUUGAGAAACUAAUUCCUCUAGAGUUCUUCGGUUCCAAGCAUAAUAAAUCAGUGCUGCUGUCCAAAAUAAAGACCUUACUGAAGCUCCAUUUACAUGGUCGCAUUUUUGUAGCACAUCUAAUUGAAGGCUUGAGAAUUAAAGACAUCCGAUGGCUAGGAUCGCCGUCAAGGAUUGAUGGCCGGGAGUCUACAAGGAGGCAAGGUAUAGUCAAAAUUAUCGUGGAGUGGCUAUUCGGUAGAUUUCUGCCUUUCAUUUUGAAGACCUUUUUUUACUGCACUGAGCUAUCCGCUACACAGGAGAUAUUGUUCUUUAGAUUUGACGUGUGGUCUGAGAUGACAGGACCCUUUUUGAGUUUAUACUUCAAGAAGCACCUUGUAUUGAACAAAAACUGUUCAGACCAUACGAGCGAUAGUGACUUCACUCACGGAUUCCUGAGGUUGACUCCCAAGCUCAAUAAGUUUGAUUUUCGCGUGAUAUUUGUGCCUCUCAAAUGUAGAUCUCAAGAUCAGCUCAAGAUGCAGUUAGAUAAAACACACAAUGCUAUCAGACCAACUGCCUGCAUUCUCAACUACAUCUUAACGAAAGGGGAAUCACGAGCAAGUGACUCCAUAUCAAGGAGGCUUUGCUCGCCUCUGGAGAUAGUUCCUGCUGUAAGCGAGUUUAAAAGAGCUCUUGUAAGCAAAUAUCAGCAAUUUCCACAGCUGUUUUUCAUUAAAUUCGACAUUCAGUCUUGUUAUGAUUCUAUUCCCAAAGUCAUGGCAAAGCAUAUCAUUAGCCUACAAGCUGAAUGCUACGCCGACUUUUAUGUCCGGUCCUAUUCCUUUUACGACUCUAGACGGGACGUCUUUAAACAACGCUUUAGUGUCAAUGGAGAGAAGGAUUCUGAAUUCCGAAGUGUCGAAAUUGAUAACGUGCGCACAACUUACCUCAGUAAGAACGACGUAUUGGACAUACUCGAUGACGAACUGAACAACUGCGCUAUCAUUCAUAAGGGGAGUUGCUACUUGAGAAAGUCAGGAAUUUUUCAAGGUGCCGCAUUUUCUUCCAAUGUUGUUGACUUUCUAUACAAUGACUUGAUUGAUAAUGAGAAGGUCUUUACCAAUUACAGUAACGCCGAUGUAGUCAUCUUAAGACUGGCAGAUGACUUUUUAGCGAUUUCGACAAGUAGAACUUACAUUGAGAGAAUGGAGAUUCAAGUUCGAGAAGGCUUUAAGGACUACAAUGCCUCUGCCAACUUGGGCAAAAUUGUCUCUAAUGUGAAGGAUGACAGAGCAGAAGUACGGUUCUGUGCUGUAGAUGUGGACUUGAAGCCACCUGUUUAA